AUGACCUUCAACUUCACAAACAAGCUAGCUGGCAAAUCUGUUGUCAUUGUGGGAGGCACUUCUGGCGUCGGAUUCGCUGUUGCCGAAGGAUGUAUCGAGUUUGGAGCUUCCGUCGUCCUUGUUGGUCGAACGAAAAUCAAAGUCGAAGAAGCGGUUCAAAGACUCGGCGCGACAUAUCCCAACGCCAGUGAGCGGGUCAGAGGUUACGCAUGUGACAUCUCGAGCAAAACUGCCGAGGACGACAUCACCAACCUUUUCGAAUUCGUCACCGCAGCCAGAAAAACCGUCGUUGAUCACGUCAUCAGUACAGCUGGUGGCCUACCGAACACCCUGACAUUGACCGACGUAACUUCCGAUGAUCUUGUCGCUUUCAGUAGAUACCACUUCAUCGGUGAUACCAUGCUGGCCAAAAUCGCAAGCAAAUAUCUCGACCCAGCACACACUUCGUCAAUCACCUUCACUGGCGGUGCAGGGACUUUCAAGCCACCACCUGGAUGGAGCGUCUGGGCUAGCAUUGGUGGCGCAAAGGACGCAUUGACGAGAGGUCUGGCUAUCAGCUUGGCUCCUAUCCGAGUAAAUCUUGUCUCGCUAGGGGCCAUCAGAACGGAGCUCUUUGAUCAAGCAGCAGCAAAUUGGGGCAAAGAAGCACUGGAAGCUUCGAAGGAUGCUUCCAUCCUUGGCGUGAUAGGAGACCCGAGAGACGUUGCAGAAUCCUAUUUGGGGAUUAUUAAGAACCAUUUUCAGACCGGGACAAUUACUCUUGCAGAGGGUGGCACUCUUCUCAAGUAG